UUACAAUUAACAAUUAUUAAGAAACUAAAAAUGGAUUAAAUAUGUUAAGUAGAUUUUUGUGAAUGUCAUUAAAAUUAGAUAAUAAAUAAUAUAUGUUUAGAUAUUAAAUGUGAAUAAAAACAGAGAUUUAUAUGCAGUAAAUGCAAAGAAGAUAAUAUUCACAGUAAAUGUAAUGUAAUUAGUUUAGACGAUCUAUCCCAAAUGUAGAAUAAUUCAAGUUAUGAAAGUUUUCUAAACCAAAAAAACAGCUCUUUAUAAAGUAAGAUAGAAAUGACUUAUGAAAGUAUAUUUUAAAUAUUCGAAAAGUACAUAGAAGAUGUUACUGCAUAAAUUAGAAGAUAUUUAAAAUUCAUAAAUCUUAGAUAUGCAAAUUUAUUUCAAUUCGAAAGCUAAAGAGUAGAAUAUUUUUAAUAAAUCUAAGACUCAGUCUUUUCUAAUUAGCCUUUAUCAAUAAAGAAUAUUGCAAUUACUGAUAUAUUAAAUAAAUUCAAUGAUUAAGAAUAACUUGGUGAAGAAAUUUUUGUUUUAUAAAAUAAUCUUAAAAUUGAGCUCAACGACAUAAAUGAACUACUAGAAAAGUUAUCAAAAAGGCUAAGCUUUGAUAAAGUAAGCUAUAAUUAUGUUACAAAUUUAGAUUCCCAAAUAAAUCCUUUCAAAAUAUCUCUAUCUAGAAAAGAGGCUGUUGCAGUAACUUCAUAGUCUUAUGAACCUUGCUUUAGUAUUAUAGAACCUCCCUUAGCUUCAUAAAAAAUUAGUGAAAUAACUCUAUAAAUAUUCAAAAAAGGAAAAUUAGGAAUAUCAAUAGGUAUAAUAUCAACUUAAAAUCAAAAACUUUAAAAAUUUUAAAAUGCACUUGGUGUGGACUCUGAUUCAAAGUAUAUUUAUUAAUGUGGAAACAAAGGAAAUUGUUAUUUAGUAGAUAAUUACAGGUAAAGUUGGAGUGAUAUAAAUGGAAUUUAGUUUGACACAGGAGAUAUAGUUUAAAUAAUUUAUGAUCCACAAUAAUAAACUUUAUAGUUUUUAAAUACAACAAAAAAUACAUAAUGCACUUUUGAUAAUAUUUAAAAUCUUUCUAUCUAUAAAGACUAUUAUUCCUUUUUUAUAUCAUCAGUAGGAUCUAAUCACGAAAUCAAGAUAUUGUAUUGAAUAUUUAAACUCCAUGUUUAAAAUUUAAAUUAAAACUAAAUAUCCCUAAUUUAUUCUAAUAACUUUCAUUUAAAACUAAUCAUUUCUUA